AUGGUGGUCACGCUGGUGCCGUGGGCAUCAGCCGCACUAUCGCGCUGGGACACGUUGCUAAGCCCCGAUGCACUCUGGUGGGCCGCGCUGUCACUGGGAUGCACUGCGUUUUACAUGGGUCAUUUGCGGGAUGCGCACAGUCUUCUUCAGGUUGCACGCGGUCGUUUUAAUGUUGUGGGCGGUCGUCUGUUGGAAGUAGGGAUAGAGGGCAUGAGGACAGUUCCUUAUGCAUCGACAGUAGAAAGUCUCAUGUAUGCAAUGUUGUGCACGAGGCCGAAUAUUAGCUACGCCAUUAGCAUGGUAGCUAAAUAUCAAAGUAAUCCAAGUAUGGAACAUUGGUCUACGUCAGACUGGGACAAAAAUAAAUCUGCCUCAGGCUAUGUAUUUACUCUUGGAGUCUCCACUAUGGAAGCGGAGUAUGUCACAACCUCUGAGGCAGCGAAAGAUACAGUUUGGCUCAGGGACUUCUUGGAUAUCACUGUCUACUGUGAUAACAGUGGUGCAGUUAUCAAGAUUGCAUCAGAGGACAAUCUAGCUGAUCCUUUCACAAAGAGUUUACCAUAG